AGCUCCUGUAGACACAGCCCCUCUCUGCUUGUGUCUUACUCCCUCUGUGCCUCUUUCUGACGCAGAUAACUGGAAAUCACCCUGAACCAGAGCUCAGCUCUCUGUAAUCGUAGUCAUCCUGACAGAGGGAGGGAUUUUUGUUCUUCUAGUUGGAGAUCAUGAAUGCAAAUGUUCCCUGGCUCUGCCUGUGAUUGCUGCCACUCUCUCUAGUAAUCAUCCUGGUGGACAUCUACUUCUACAGCAGCUGACACUUUCCAGGACCUCAGUGUGGUGGUGACCUGUAGACACUGGUAGCCCAGGGCUCUAAGGAAUUUAUAGCACAAAAGGAGGCAUCUGUUUACCAUUGGAAAGGUGGAUCUUCCUCAUCGUUAGGGACCUCCUCGUCGGAUGCAAGAAGUGUGAAGACCUCUUGGGGACCGGCUGGGGAUUUUUUUUUUAAUGCACAACGGAUACAAAUACCUCCGGCAAGGAUCUUGAAGACCGUUGAUCGCGGACGCAAAAGGGAACUUCUUGUAGGGACGCUAUUAGCCAGGGCCACGACCUGUUGUGCGCAAAGUAAGUUGGAGAAAGUAGGAAGCGGUUGAUCCUGCUCUGGAGGGGGGUUGAAUUGACCGGGAAGACGACGAAGGGAGAAGGGAAGGCAGCAGGAGCCCCUGCCGGGAAUAUGGGCACAUUGCGGGACUUGCAGUACGCUCUGCAGGAGAAGAUUGAGGAGCUCAGGCAGAGGGAUGCUCUCAUUGAUGAGCUGGAGCUGGAACUAGAUCAGAAGGACGAGCUCAUCCAGAGAUUGCAGAAUGAGCUGGAUAAGUAUCGCUCUGUGAUCAAACCUGCAACCCAACAGGCUCAGAAACAAACUUCCAACACCUUAGGGGAACAGAGGACCAAGAGGCAGGCUAUCUCAGCUGAGCCCACUGCUUUUGACAUCCAGGAUCUCAGCCAUGUCACUCUUCCUUUCUACCCCAAGAGCCCACAGUCCAAGGAAUUAAUUAAAGAAGCGAUCCUUGACAAUGACUUCAUGAAGAACCUUGAGAUUUCCCAGAUUCAAGAGAUAGUGGAUUGUAUGUAUCCUGUUGAAUAUGGCAAAGACAGCUGUAUCAUCAAGGAAGGGGACGUGGGGUCGCUGGUCUAUGUCAUGGAAGAUGGCAAGGUAGAAGUAACAAAAGAAAGUGUAAAGCUAUGCACCAUGGGACCAGGAAAAGUAUUCGGAGAGCUCGCUAUACUCUACAACUGCACCCGCACAGCAACUGUAAAAACACUUACAAAUGUGAAACUUUGGGCAAUCGAUCGACAAUGUUUUCAGACAAUAAUGAUGCGGACGGGGCUAAUCAAGCACACGGAAUAUAUGGAGUUUUUAAAAAGUGUACCAACAUUCCAGGACCUUUCUGAAGAAAUACUUAGUAAACUUGCCGAUGUACUUGAAGAGACUCACUAUGAAUGUGGAGAGUACAUUAUCAGACAGGGUGCUCGAGGGGACACUUUCUUCAUCAUCAGCAAAGGGAAGGUGAAUGUAACAAGAGAAGAUUCGCCGGGUGAAGAUCCAAUAUUUCUCCGCACUUUAGGAAAAGGUGACUGGUUUGGAGAGAAAGCUCUUCAAGGGGAGGAUGUCCGAACAGCAAAUGUUAUUGCUGCGGAGGCUGUGAUGUGUCUUGUCAUUGACAGAGACUCUUUCAAGCAUUUGAUUGGAGGUUUGGAUGAUGUGUCUAACAAGGCUUAUGAAGAUGCAGAGGCUAAGGCAAAAUAUGAAGCCGAGGCCGCCUUCUUUGGUAAUCUCAAGCUAACGGACUUUAACAUCAUUGAUACUCUUGGUGUUGGGGGAUUUGGAAGAGUCGAGCUGGUACAGCUGAAAAGUGAAGAAUCCAAAACAUUUGCAAUGAAGAUCCUUAAAAAGAGGCAUAUAGUGGACACAAGGCAACAGGAACACAUUCGAUCAGAGAAACAGAUAAUGCAAGGUGCUCACUCUGACUUCAUUGUAAGGUUAUACCGAACAUUUAAGGACAGCAAGUAUUUGUAUAUGCUGAUGGAAGCCUGUCUAGGUGGAGAGCUUUGGACUAUUCUCAGGGACAGAGGUUCAUUUGAAGAUUCGACAACAAGGUUUUAUACGGCUUGUGUAGUUGAGGCCUUUGCUUAUCUGCAUUCCAAAGGGAUUAUUUAUAGGGAUCUCAAACCAGAGAACCUUAUUCUGGACCACCGAGGUUAUGCAAAGCUGGUUGACUUUGGCUUUGCAAAGAAAAUAGGCUUUGGUAAGAAAACAUGGACCUUUUGUGGAACCCCUGAAUAUGUAGCUCCAGAGAUCAUCUUGAACAAAGGUCAUGACAUUUCAGCAGACUACUGGUCACUGGGAAUCUUAAUGUAUGAACUUUUGACUGGCAGCCCCCCAUUCUCAGGUCCAGAUCCUAUGAAGACUUACAACAUCAUACUGAGAGGAAUCGACAUGAUUGAAUUUCCAAAGAAGAUUACCAAAAAUGCUGCUAAUCUAAUAAAAAAACUAUGCAGGGACAAUCCGUCAGAAAGAUUAGGAAACUUGAAAAAUGGAGUGAAAGAUAUCCAAAAGCACAAAUGGUUUGAAGGCUUUAAUUGGGAAGGUUUAAGAAAAGGUACCCUCACACCUCCUAUAAUCCCAAGUGUUGCAUCCCCAACAGACACAAGCAAUUUUGACAGUUUUCCAGAAGACAAUGACGAUCCUCCACCUGAUGACAACUCAGGAUGGGACGUAGACUUUUAAUGCAUUUUUCUUACCUGCUUCUGCCUUGCUGAAGACAGCUUUCCUGAAACAUGGCUGCCAAUAGAACAAAAGAAAGAACUGGGGAAGAUUAAUGCUCGGGGUCACCAUGAUGCCUUGAUUGAUGCUGCUAUAGUAACUACAGUGGCAUUAGGACUUAUUGCUUAGUUCACAAUAACCCUUCUUAACAUACUUUUUGUUUUGACCUUCAAAAUAGCAGUCGACAUGGUGGUCCUGAAGCAAAGCCUCAUUCAAAACUAUAUGCUUUCUAAUAUUGCAGAGUUGACAAUUUACCUUUCAAACAGUAUAGUGUAAAAUGUAUUAGAACUGUACAUAUUUUGUAGCUAGCACUACCCAUAGGAAAGAAUAAUUUAUUUCGGUACAGUUGUCCAUGUUAGGUAGGGAUGCCUGUAUCUUUACAAGAGGGAUAUGCAGGAUAGCUCCUUUUUCUGCUGCCGUACUACAGAUCUCAUCAUCAUCUGGCUGGCUGGAGUUGAUGGGAUCAGUAGCUCGGUGGCAGCUAUUGGUUCGAAUAUGCAGGUUUCUCUUUUAAAGUGCAUAAAUGAUGACUUCCUGCAGGUCAGAGUAGAUAAGUGUGGAAAAUAUUUAUUAAUGUUUUACCCCAGCUUUGUCCUGCUGACAUAAUGCUCUCUCUUUUUAACGUGACAAUUAAAGUGUUCCCUAUGGUCCAUGGAAAUAACCGGUACCCAAUACAAAGGUUAAACUAGUAUUGAAAAGCAUUGAAGAAGUAGGCCCUGGUUGCCGUACAGUAUUUAACUUGGGUUUGGGGACUUUGGGGCUCGCCCUUAUACAAAAAGUUUUUCUACGACAGGUAGGAGGUGGUCAAGCGAUGAUCACUGACAGUACUGUAAGACCUUGAUAAGAAGAUACAUUUCCCUCUGGAGGGGUACACAGGAUACCCUCCUGGAAUAUUGUAAGAAGUAGGCCCUGGUUACUCUACAGUAUUUAACUAUAAGGCUAGGCUCCCUCUUAUACAAAAAUUUGUUCCAGGAUAUAUAGGAGGUGGUCAUGCAAUGAUCACUGACAGUACUGUAAGACCUUGAUGUUGCCCUCUUGAGGGGUACACAGGAUAUCCUCCUGGAAUAUUGCAAUGCAUUGUAGCGUUUAUAGCCCCCUUUAAUUUUGUGAGAGCUACUGACAUCUUUAAGGCAUCUUCUAGUUAAUAAUAGGCUUUAUUCCCAUGGCUAUUGGCACAGCUAUAAAAAUGGCUGCCAAUGGUGUGUGUAAGCAGUAGAUAAACCAUAAUAAUCUGUAUGGUACAAAAUUUCCCCAGUAAAUCGCUGAAUUGGAUGUUUGUUUUUCGCACUCAUUGUGAGGACCACAAUCAUUUGGUCAUUUUUUUUGUUCAUGUCAAUCCAAUUCUUGAAGCUGUGUUUUUUUUUGUUUUUGUUUUUUUUACUUAUGUUCAUGACCAGACUGAAUGUUAACCUCUCUUUUGUUAGAUUUUUAACAAUUCUAUUAAUAAAAAGCACAACUGUUGCAUAUGCUGUUGAAAAUGAUCAUGAAAGGCAUCGUAUUCAUUCAUCCAUCUUCAUUUACAGCAUUGAAUGUUUUUAUAUUAGAGGUUCUAGGUUCUCAGUUCUCAAUUGGAAACAGACUAUGAUUUGUGACAUUAGAAAGGUAUAUGCAUUCCUUGGAAAGCAUUAAGGUCAAUUAUAUAUUAAGUAAUUAGAAUAGUCAUUUAAUCACAUAUCCUGCUAAAUAAUCUAAAGAUCCAAGUCUACUCAGAGCUUAAUAGGAGAUGGUGAUUAGUGGAGUCUAGAAUUACGAGUCUGAGAGAAAUACUAGGAAUGAAAAAAAUAUUUGCGUAGGAUGUAUGUUUUAUAGCUUAGGUGGAACUGAGUACGGAAGUUGUAGCAGAGGUUACGUGAGUUGUACACUUGUCCACCCUCAUGUGACCAUCCUGUAAGGUACCUCCACUUCUUCACAGAGAACGCAGAACAAAAUGGGGGCUAAGUAGUUCAGCUAUGAACGUGUACAUAUUAAACCCUUGAAUACUUUGAUGGAAGGGUCUCUGUAGAUGUGAAGCAUACAUGCCUAUGGAAGAGUAGAACUAAUGUCCCAAAAUAUCCUGAAAUCUACCACAUGAGGAUCAAGUUAUUUUGGUGGAAAUGAUAGUAAGAACAUAAAAUACUGUAAACAGUUUCCAACAUUAAAACCUUUGCAGACCUAAUUAUAUGAGAACACAAUGGGAAGCAAAACUUUUUCUCCCUAUUGUCCCAUAAAUAUGCAUGCCUAGCUGAUGAGAGAGUGAGGAGAAAGCCGCUGCCAUACUCCCCUGGUAGUGGCUUAUCUUUUGAAAAAGGGAAAGGGCAGUUGAAAACCAAUAUCCCUAGGCAUUAGUGAUUGGGGAAGAGUUGGGAAGCUCCAUACACAUCAGAUGGUGGGCCAAACCUCCUGAAAUCCGUGGGUUGGGCAAACAUAAAUCUGAUGCGUAUUGCCAGCUUUAGACCCAGAUCUAUACAGUGUUCAAUAAGAGAACAGUAUCUUGUGCUCAGCUUUAUGAUAUGUCAUCAUUAGGUCUUUAUUCAAGGUAACAUAUUGUAGAACCAUUGUUAGAAGGAACAUUUAGUACACACAAUUGUGAUACUAGUGUUCUUUUAAAAGAAUAUUAUAACCAAGAGAAUGGGAGUUAGUAUAUUUUGAUAGAUACCAGUCCAUUUCUCCUAGUGAGGACUAAAGAGGAGGGUCUUCUAAAAGAUGUCAGUAUCAGAUAAGCACUUUUCUAUUUUAUUUAGGUGCUAUGUAUAGAUUUGUUCUGUGAGAUGUAUACAACUCAACACUCUUAGAUAUAGGAACAUUCAUAUGAAUUAGCACUAAUUUAAUUAUAAAUUCUAACAUUAAAUAUGCAGAGGCAAUACCAAUUGAUUCCCGACCAAAGUCCUACAAGUAAGUAGCAGUGUAUUCCAGCAACGUAGGUUUUCUCUUCCUCAUGUAUGGAAUAAUAAUUGUGUUAAUAACAAACAUACUUUUCCGUGACUUGCAGAACUCUAAAAUGGAACAGUUCAGUUUUGCUCUAGGCCUUCCAAAGUAUUACGUAACCCUACUGAGUUAAUAUGUAGCAAUAAGCCAAGAUGAACAAGGCAUAAUAAAAAGCGUAUCAUAUCUAGGAGGUGAAUGUAUAUGAGUCCUAUGUAAAUAUAAGAUUUAUGCCUUGAGAAAACUAUUGAUCUGCUUUGGAACAUCAUACACGAAUGACCAGAAAAAGAACCAAGCGGACUAUGUGGCAUAUACUGUAUAUACUCUGUAACUACCUCUGUUUAAGGGGAUAGCUACUUAUCUACUGGGCUGAUGUUGCAGGGGAAAGAUGGGAACUCUGACAGUAGAGUCCAAGAUUUAUUUGUCAGUGUAUCUGCUUUCUCCACAGCACCAAGCCUUUAAAAUCCUCCCACUGUAUGUUGUCCAAAGACUGGAGCACCAUUUUACUGUAGAUUUUUUAAUCUUUGAAAAAUAAAAAAGAUUUAAAGUGCUUUUUGGCACAGCCUAAAGACUUAGGUUUGAUGAUACAUUUCAGGACAAAUACUGUCAUCCAGCGCUAUUCAUGUCACACAAAAGGCUUCCUUAUUCUACUGUGACGUCUUCUAGGGGCAGAGGCAGUAGUAGUUCCAUGAAAUCUCUCUAGCCGUCCUUAAGGAUUGACAGUAACUAGCAUCAUAUGCAUCAUUCAUCCUCGUUGUGAAAUAUUUCAUGGUUAUUUCUGAGUUUGAAAAAACCUAGACAUGUUCAUAUUAUCAAAGGAUUCAUAAACCAUGACUCUCCAAAUAUAUAAGAACCCAUUGCACGACUGUAUAGAGGGGUAGGGGGGCUAUUGCGUUGGCAAUAUAAAAUGAUAUACAGUACAUACAAAUCUCAUCGGUGACGUUCUAUUGUAGACAACUUUACAAGUUUUGGGUCAUUUUUUACAUUUGGUUCGCCAUACAGCGCCAUUGUUUGGCUGUGAGAUACUCAUCUACAUUCUGUGUCCCAAGCAUGUCUGGAUUGGAUUGUAUAAGUGCUCAUCAAAACGCAUUUGCUAUUCUUGAACUUUACAGUAGGACCACAGACAAUUACAGUAUUUGUGUGAAUAUAGCUAUUUUUGUGUUAAGAUUUGAUACGAUAUGCAUAGUAGUUCUUUUUUAAGUAGUAACUCAUUGGGUUAUUUCAUCAUCAUCUUAUUUGUAAUGUGCAGUGUUUUACUAGGUACAGGUGGACUUGAAUUUUAUUGUCAGUAUUAGUGAGCGACUGUACCCUGUUCCCUCAUCCGUCCUGAACCUUAAAACCUGAUGAUUUCGGCAUUGUUACAAGUGCCUUAAAUUCAUGGCAUCUUCUAAUAACUUAACCGUUUGGUGUUAUGCUGCAUGACUAAGACAAACACACCUCAAGACGUUGUCCUUUCUUAGCUUGCUCUGUUUUACAGUUCUUUCUGCUGACGAUUUCUAAGCCUUUAUUAUUAUAUAUUGAUGAAAUACAGAAAUUAUGACGUUGUUUUAAUGAUUUCUGUUCAAUGUACCAGAGCUGUGUAACUGUUAAUGGGAUUGCAGCAUCAUUUCUGUGAAAUGUAUCAAUGUAUGUGCAGGUUUAAUUAAUACAUGACAUAUUAUCAGUCUUUACACAGGUGUAACUGUUUUGCUAAGGUGCACAUUAAAACUUUACAAAAAGUGAUCGUU